UCUUUAUAGAGAAGAGCGCAGGUCUUGCAAAUCAUUACCUUGAUCGUACAGCCAUCCAAUUAGCUACAACGAAUCAAUGGUCGCAUCGAAAAAUGCCUCGCGGGCUGCCUGAUGGUUUUGUGGUACCAGGCGUGUUCGCGUUUCACGCCUCGUGGAAUCUUGCGAGCUCGCAUUGCUCGUAUUACUACUUACGCGUCAGGAGGUUGGGCAACCUUAUUUCGUAUUCCGUUGCUAUAUAUCCUGGGGCUGCCUGAGACGUGCCGACGCACAAACAAGCUUCGUUGAUACAAAUUUUAUUACUAUAUUCGCCAUUGCAAACCCAACACCGCCACAGUAAACACACUCGUCGACUACCUCGUGAUCCAAGAUGGGCAUGGGAGAUUACUCGCCUGGGAGUAUUUGGUACUAUGCGCCAAAUAAAGCGGCUCCGAUCGUUUUCAUCGUACUCUUCUUCACCUCCGGCGUCAUCCACACAUGGCAGACGAUCAGACACGGGUCCUGGCGAACGACAAUCUUACUUCCAUGGGCAGCAGCAUUGAUGAUCGCCGGAUUCAUCAUUCGCGAGCUUGGGGCAUACCAUCCCGAAAAUCUCACAUAUCUCAUCGCUUCCACUGUACUCAUCAUGUCCGGUCCACCCGUUUACGCGCUUAUCAACUAUUUCAUCCUGUCGCGGAUCCUAUACUACAUCCCAUAUCUCGCACCAAUGCAUCCAGGACGCGUUGCCACAACUUUCGUUGGUCUCGAUGCAGUUUGUGAGAUACUGAUCGGACAAGGCGCGUGGCGGAUGGCAAACUCGUCCAUGACACCGAAACAACGCAAGUUGGGAGCAAAUCUCGUAACCGCAUCACUCUCCCUCCAAGUAGCACUCUUCGGCUCUUUCGGUCUUCUCGCUGCCCAAUUCCACAUGCGCGCCAACAAGGCAAAGUUACUGUCCCGAGAUUUACGAAUCGUACUCUACGUGCUGUACGUAUCUGCCACCAUCGUAACAAUCAGAUGUAUAUACCGCCUGGUCGAAUACACCGAGGGCUGGGACAGUACCAUAUACAAGAAUGAGGUCUUCUUCUGGAUCUUCGAAGCCAUCAUCAUGUUUCUCAAUACGGCUCUCCUGAAUGUUUUUCAUCCCGGCAAGCGUUUGCCUCGAUCAAACUCCGUGUUCCUUGAUAGAGAUGGGGUUACAGAACGCCGUGGCCCAGGCUGGGCAGACGACAGACCUUGGAUCGUGACAGUGUUCGAUCCGUUUGAUGUCUGGGGUCUCUUUACUGGGCGUGACGAGAAGACACAGUUUUGGGACAUGAGCGGCGAAGAAUUGGAACGUCUGCGAGCUGAAAAGAAGUUGAACAAACGGAACGUUCUCGCUGGAGCAGUUGAUCCAUUCCAUCUAUGGGGCUCAAGAGGAUACAUAGGGAAGCAUUUCAAGAGCAAGAGAGCAGGUGCAGGGUCACGAGCGACGCAGACGACGGAGGAGGCAGGCAAGCCGCCCGCCUAG